AUGCUGCUCUUCCCCAAGCCUUCCGCCCUCAAGGACAUCUAUCGAGAUCCACAAUGCAACACAAGGGGCGGCAUGUAUGAUAGUGGGGCUUUGGGUCCCCCGCAUUUGGUUUCUACGAUAGACGGCGAGAAGCAUCGUGUCUUGCGCAAAGCUUUGUCGAAUGCGCCAUGGUCUAUUGGUCCACUGAAGAAUGCAUGGGAACCUCGCUUCGAUGAACAGGUCUCUCUUCUUAUCAAGAAGCUGAAAGAACAUGCGGAAGCUAAGCGCACCAUUUGCCUCUCCGACAAGGUUGCGGAAUUUGCGGCAGACAUCCUCAGCAUCAUCUCAUUCACCCAACCCUUUGGUAGUGUCGAGAAUCAGCGCGAUGAGAAGUAUCUAUUGACCAACUGGCGCAAGGGCCUGACAUUCUUCGGCUUCUCAGGGAGGUGUCGAUUCUUCAGGGAAAGGAUUCUGCGACUGCCUGUUGUAGGUUCCUUGCUACUACCAACUACAUCCAAUGAUUAUGGAAUGGGCUGGUUGAUGGGCGAAGCGGACCGUCAAGUUACCAGGCGGGAGCAGCAGAACAAGGAGAAACCAUUUGAAGGGAGGCCAGACUUCCUGCAGCACUGCCUUGAUGCCCGUUACUCAGAUGGCUCUCCACUGACUCCAACGCAAAAGCGUGCUCAUGUCACACUUCUCUAUCAAGCUGGAGCAGACACCACUGGUACGGCGCUAGGAUGUAUCCUCCGACUAAUCUUGACAAACCCUUCUACACUUGCACGUGUUCGGACUGAGCUGGAUGCAGCAGAGUCGUCUGGCCUUCUAUCAACACCCAUCCGUUACGACGAGACCCUCCAGCAUCUCCCGUUUUUUGUUGCAUGCAUCAAAGAAGGUCUUCGCCUCUUCCCACCGGCCCCCAACCUGUUCCCUAGAGUGAUACCAAAAGAGGGUAAAGUCAUUGAUGGACAUUAUGUACCUGGUGGAAUGGAUGUAACCAGCCAUGCAUAUACUGUCCAACGUGACAAAGACUUCUACGGGCAAGAUGCUGAGGACUUUAAGCCUGAUAUGUGGUUGCAGAGCGAAAAGAGAAACUUUGAGCUGGAGGCGGCUCAGUUUACAUUCGGUAUCGGCUCUAGAAUAUGUCUAGGCAAAGAUGUUGCGAAGUUAGAGAUGUACAAGUUGUUACCAGAGAUCAUUCGUCGAUUCGACAUCCAAGUCAAGAAUUCCGGUAGCUAUGUCGUUGAUGGCGGAGUGGCUUAUAACGUCGACUUUCUGGUUGAGUUGACUGCUAGAAACUCCGUCUAAUGAGCCUCAGCCAUCUGAACGAUAGUUCUCAGGUCGGUCAUACAGGUUGUCAGUGUUGCCG